CGUUCUCGAAGCUGCCGCACUCGUCCCGCUUUGCGCCCCUCCCAGAUCUUACCGACCGGCUGAGUCCGGGCCGAUCUCCCACCCUGCAGCGCGCCGCGAAGGCCAACCCCGCCGCCGCCGCCGGAUCGUUCGUUCUUCUGCUGAUCUUUCAACGAAGGCGCCGAAGCCUCACCAUCAACAAGGGGGCUCGAUUGCAUUCGAGAUGGGAAAAGAUAAAGAAUCUGCCAUGCAGAAGGAGGAGGAGAAGAAGUCCAAAGAUGAGAUCCAUCUCAAGAUCAAGAGCAAGGACAAGUCAUCCGGAGAUGAGGACGAGAAGAAGGAGGUCGAGAUAGAGAUCCAAGCCAAGUUUGUGGAGAAGGAAGAGGUCAAAGACUUGGGGGACAGUGCAGGGUCUGCGGGCAAGGUUAAAGAGGUGAAGAAAGACAAAGAGAAGGAGAAGAAGAAAUCAGAGAAACAUGAAGAUGAGCAUAAUGAUGACGAAGAUGGUGAGAAGGUGAAGAAGAAGGAUAAGAAGGAGAAAGAUAAGAAAAAGAAGGAAGAUGAUGAGGUUUCAGGAAAGACAGAGAAAGAUAAGAAGAGCGAAAGCAAAGAGAAAGACAAGAAGGAUAAGAAGGCUAAAGAUAAGGAAAAAGAGAAGGAUGGUUCAGAGUCAAAGGUUUCAAGUGAUGAAAAACAAGAGAAAACUAAAGAUAAGAAAAAGAAGAAAGAUGAUGAAGAUGCAGGUGAUGAAGAGAAACAUAAGAAGAGCGAAAGCAAAGAUAAAGAUAAGGAUAAAAAGACCAAAGAUAAGGAUGAAUCGGAGUCCAAGGGUUCAAGCGUUGAAAAACAAGAGAAAGGCAAAGACAAGGAAAACAAGAACAAGAAGAACGAAGAGACGAAACAUAAGGAGGGUCAGCUGAAGAAUAAGAGUGGUGAAGGAGCUGCAUACUCAGCCCCCCGAGAAAUCAAGCUUACAAAUGAUGAACCACUGAAGGAAGACAUUCGCAAUGAAGAUGGAGAAGUUGAGAAGAAAAACAAAGAGAAGAAGGACAAGACUGACAAGAAGGAAGACGGUAAGAAGAAAGAAAAGGAUGGUGCUGAUGAUGACGACGAAGGCAACAAGAAAGACAAAGAAAAGAAAGAGAAGAAGAAGGACAAGGGUGACAAGAAGGAAGAUGGUAAGAAGAAGGAGAAGGAUGGCGGUGAAGAUGAAGAAGGCAAGAAGAAAGACAAGGAGAAGAAAGACAAGGGCGCAAAGGAGAAGAUUACCGAUCCGGAAAAGCUGAAGGCAAAACUGGAGAAGGUCGACGCCAAGUUGCAAGACCUACAAGCUAAGAGGGAGGAUAUCAUGAGGCAGCUGAAAGAGCUGGAAGAGGGCGGCAAGGGAAAGACCAAUGAAGAGGAGCCUGCACUGGUGCAGGAAGAGAAGGGAAAGAACACUGAAGGUGUGACUGCACACGUACUGGAACAAGGUGUAGAGAGCAAGGUCAAGGAGGAGAAUCCUGUUGCUUCAGCGUGAGUUCUGGAGCUCUUGAGGCUGUUCAUGUAACAAUAACUCUGAUCUGGGCCUAUGCACGGGCCUUUCACUGUGUAAAAGGCACAUACAUCUUGAGUUGAGUUGUGAAUGGGUAUGUAAUGCCUGGGUCUAUGUGUAAUUUCUGUGUAGAGAAGCAUGCUCGAGUGGAGUGUGAGGGUAUAGCGUAUAGGCGUGCAGUGCACCCAUCUCCAGGGAAAAAAACGCUGUAAUAUUUUGCUAUGUGAAUAAGAGAAACACACGGAUGUCUUUUUUU